AUGGACGAACCGUUCCUGUUCACGGCGAGCAAGCGCCAGGACCGCCAGGGGGCUGCCUCGCGACAAAAGAGCUGCAACGCAUGCGUGCGCGGCAAGAGACGCUGCGACAAGACCCUGCCCCGUUGCACGCGCUGCGCAGCUAAAGGUCUCGAGUGCGUGUACGCAAAGCUGCCGCCCGGCGCGCCAGCGACGUCCACGUCAAGCCCCACCGAGGAAGAGGAAGAAUCAUCCAUGAGCAGUGCCGCGACCCAUGUCGACGACUACUCCAUGGGAGGCGCCUUUGAGAUGCCCUCGACAUACGACAUGCACCUGGAUGCGGCGGCGGCGUGCGGCGGACCGUCGACGUCGGCGUCGUCUACCCAAGCAGGGACACUCGAGCUCGACCCCAGCCUAGACUUCAACAUUGCCGACCUGAUCCAGGGCAACACGGGCGACUGGAGUUUGCCGCCCUUUCUGGAGGAGCCCAAGAUGAACUUCCCCGUGCCAACAAUGUUCCAGCCCGCCCCGCCACCGGCCCCGGAGCCGAUCCGCGACAUCAUGAUCCUCCGCAACGGCAUCGCCCGGGACGAGUGUCUGUCUGCGGAUCCGCUGCUGGUGCACGACAAGCGCACGGUGGUGGGCUUCGUCCACGACUGGGUCCGGGGCAUGCCCGACGUCUUUGCGCGCACGCGCCUACUGCCCUUUAUCCACCCGCGUCUGUACGCCGGCAGCCUCCCGCGACCCAUGAUGGCCGCCUUUGGCGCGUGCGCGGCCUACAGCGGCCGCACCGAGGCCACGCGACCGUGGGUGCUCAAGCUGGUGGCCGACACGGCGCGGGAGAUUCUGCACGAGGGCAAGGUGGCGACGACGCCGCUGGAGAAGAUGGCCCGUCUGCAGGCGCACACCAUUGUGGACACGAUCCGCGUCUUUGACGGGGACAUUGCGCUGCGCAGCGCGUCGGAGCGCGAGCGGGACGUGCGCAAGGCGUGGCUCAUGGACCUCCUCCAGGUCAAGGACGAGCUCGAGCGCGAGGAGGGCGUCGUCGUCGGCGAGGCCAAGAGGGACGAACCGCCCCGGAGCUGGGAGAGCUGGAUCCUGGUCGAGAGUGUUCGUCGGACGAUUCUCAUGGCUCUGGCGUUCCACUGCCUGGUGCAGGUCCUCAAGAGCGAGAUGCCGGACCCCGACAUGUGGCCGAACGGGCACGAUUUCACGGCGUCCAGCCAUCUCUGGAACGCCCAGUCCCCGGUCGACUUCUUCCGCGCGUGGCGGGAGAAGCCGCAUUGGUGGGUGAAAGAUUUCGGGUUUGAUGCCUUUUGGCAGUACGCGAGGGCGGAAGAUGCCGAUGAGUUUACGCGGCUCUUCCUGACGUCACACGUGGGGCCCGAUACCAUGGAUGAAUUCAUGUCGACGAAGCAGGUAUCAACCUGA